CCCCCCCCCCCGAACCGCCGCCCCCCGCCCGCAGCGGGCGGCCCGGCCCGGUCCCGUCGGGGCCGUUUCUCGGCGGCUGCCGGGCGAGGUCAGGCUCGGUCCGCGCGGAGCGGCCGGAAUCACUUCCUGCUGCAGGCCCCGGGCAGCCUCCAUGGGGCCGGCGCCCCGCAGGAUGUCACCUUGGUCCUUCUCCUCCUCCACACGAGACAGAGCUCCCAUUGACCUGACCCAGGGUUUGGAUGAACCCUUUGGGCGCUCCCGACACGUGAAGGUCCUGAAGAUCCUCUUGGGAGGCUGCAGAGAGCAGCCUGAAUGUUAAUCUGCAUCCGGCCUAUUCAUUUAGAUGCUGUGCGCUGCCGGGGAGAUUUGACUUGGUAAAAGCUUGAGCUACAGCAGAUACAAACCCAGGGUUUGAUCCCAGAGUUGGUGGGGUUCGGUGCCUGCCCUGAGCCGCAGCGUGCGGUGGGCGACCCGGAGGGACGCGGACGGGCGCUGCGGAAGAUGUGCCCUACUUUGGAUAUUCCUGCAUUGAAUGUCUGAGGAGCUCCAGCCGAUCCUGAGCCAUGUCGCAGAUGUUGCACAUAGAGAUUCCCAACUUUGGGAACACCGUUCUGGGCUGCCUGAACGAGCAGCGGCUGCUGGGGCUGUACUGCGAUGUCUCCAUCGUGGUGAAGGGCCAAGCCUUCAAGGCUCACCGGGCUGUCCUGGCCGCCAGCAGCCUCUACUUCCGAGACUUGUUCAGUGGGAACAGCAAGAACGCCUUUGAGCUGCCGGGUACCGUGCCCCCCGCUUGCUUCCAGCAGAUCCUCUCCUUCUGCUACACCGGGAAGCUGACCAUGGCGGCGAGCGAGCAGCUGGUGGUGAUGUACACGGCGGGCUUCCUGCAGAUCCAGCACAUCGUGGAGAAAGGGACGGACUUGAUGUUCAAGGUCAGCUCUCCCCACUGUGACUCUCAGACCACCAUGAUCGAAGACCCCAGCUCGGAGCCGCAGAGCCCCUGCAACCAGCUGCAGUCGGCCUCGGCGCCCUACGUCAUGUCCCCUUCCAUGCCCAUCCCGCUCCUCACGCGUGUCAAGCACGAGAACCUCGAGCUGCAGGCGGCCGCCCUGCCCGGCCUGCCCGGCAAGCGGCCUCUGGAGCCUGCUGCCCGCGAUGGGGCUGGCGGUGGCACCAACACGGGCCCCCUGAAGCUCUCCCGCGUCUCCUACUAUGGGAUGCCCAACCUGGCCACCCUCAUCCCCAACGUGCAGCAGGUGCAGUACUCGCAGGGGGAGCGGACGAGCCCCGGCGCCAGCAGCAUUCCCACCACUGACAGCCCCACCUCCUACCACAACGAGGAGGAUGAGGAGGACGACGAGGCGUACGACACCAUGGUGGAGGAGCAGUACGGGCAGAUGUACAUCAAGUCCUCAGGAGGCUACUCUGUUGCUCAAGAGAAGCCGGAGCAGAUCCCACUGGAGAACCGCUCCUGUGUCCUCAUCCGACGGGAUCUCGUUGCUCUCCCAGCCAGUCUUAUCAGUCAAAUCGGAUACCGUUGCCACCCAAAACUCUACUCGGAGGGAGAUCCUGGAGAAAAGCUUGAGCUUGUUGCAGGCUCAGGUGUUUAUAUCACCCGGGGGCAGCUGAUGAAUUGCCACUUAUGUGCCGGUGUCAAACACAAGGUCCUUCUGAGACGUCUUCUGGCCACCUUCUUUGAUCGGAACACGCUUGCCAACAGCUGCGGAACUGGAAUCCGGUCCUCCACGAGCGAUCCCAGCAGGAAGCCCCUGGACAGCAGGGUUCUUAAUGCAGUCAAAUUGUAUUGUCAGAAUUUUGCCCCGAGCUUUAAGGAAAGCGAGAUGAAUGUUAUAGCAGCCGACAUGUGCACCAACGCCCGCCGCGUCCGCAAGCGCUGGCUGCCGAAGAUUAAGUCCAUGCUGCCGGAAGGGAUGGAGAUGUACCGCACGGUCAUGGGCUCCACCACAAACAGUGUCCCCCUGGAUCCUGAGUUCCAGCCCAACACUGCUCAGGUCUUUGAGCAGCGAAUCUAUGCAGAAAGGAGGAGCGAUUCAGGAACUAUAGUAGCCUUGAGAACUAACACAGUGAAUGUAGAGCUAAGCAAUGGAUCCAACCAGUCCUUCGAACAGAGCGAGGAUGCCGAAGGGGCUGGCUCUGUGAUACAGGAGGCAGCUGCCACAGAUGCUAUGGCAUCGGAUACCCAAAGCACUCCGCAACCUUUUGAACAAGGUUCGGGCUCCUCCAGCCGGCCCGAAACUCCUGUGAGAAGACAAGAUGGUACUUUUGGAGGGACUUUAUAAAGAGAGCAAACAUUUCAUGACCUAUAAGGGAUCUGUAAUACUAAAGCUGCUUGCAUGCAUUACUAAUACGAAACAAAACAAAUGUGAUCAAGCCACUUACCUACUGAACUGCUACUGUUGCCUGAAAAAAAUGUGAUUUUUAUUCUGCUUGUAUUUAAAAUUUAUGAAGGAAAUAAUCGCAUUCGUUAUACUGUAAACGACUAGGUCUGUGGCGACCUACUUCAAACUAUUGGGCUCCUUUUUUGAUAUUCCUGAGGUUAGUCGAUAAGAUUGUAGCUUUUUCCUUAUUUUUUUUUCUUUUCUUUUUCUUUUUCUUUCGGUUUUAUUUGAAGAAGGGGAGGAGAAAAGCUCGCCACCCCCCACCCCCGCCAUCCCCACCCCAUCCAUCACUCAGCUCAGAAGUAAAGCCAUCGUUAACCUUGUCCUCUACAGCAAGUUUUACCGUCACUUAACAGGAAAGCGAGGUGCGUGAGGGUGCAGGUGCUGGGACUGGCGAUGGUUGUCUCUAGCAGAAGGGCUUUAGCCAAGUGGGACAGGGGUGGGGGAAAUCGUUACAGGCUCCUGCUGUCGGAGGGAGCCCCUUGCAGUGGGUGCUGCAGGGCAGGAUGCUGCGGGGCCCGGGCGCUGCUGGAGGCUGGCAGGGACUCGGUGCCGUUGUCUCCGGGAGCGUUAUCCAGUUCCUGGGAUCAGGGAUGGUUCCAUGGGAGUUCAGGCUUGCACGUGUCGGGAGGACUGCGCGGGGUGCAGGUGGAGGCCCUGGCCGGUGCUGUGGUUGUUGUCGGGUUUUUUCCCUCAAUACGGCUGGCUUUGGGGUUUGGUUUCUCUCUCCCUCCCUCCCAGCAGCUCCUUUUUGUUUGCUGCUCCUUCCUUGCACCUUCGCAUCACCCACUUGGGUGAAUGGGCUCAUGGCACCCUCGGCAGCAGGGUGUGCAGGUCCUGGGGCAUGUGCCAGAGCUGGGAACAGCCCCCCUCAGCCACCUCCGAAGGGAUUUGGAUCGGAAUCCACGCAUGGAGAACGCGUUGGUCUUGCUCCAAAGGGCACGGAGCCGGGAGCUCUGCACUGGAGGCACAGUGAGGCGUGUGGGGCUCGUCCACUGCCCCUUCCCUCCUCCCCAGACCAACCAGGCUCUCACUUUGUAAUAACCUGGAGUGGGUUGGAAGUAAAACCAGAAAAAAUCAGCUUCGCUGCCUUCUGUGAAAGGUUUUGGGGAGGAGGAAGCGUUUUGCCUCUUGCUCAUCCUCCAGACAGGCCCUGCCGGGGUAAAAGCCCAAUGUUGAGUUAUUCCUCUAUUAUUUCUAUGUUGAAAGCUGAUGUCUCCAGGCUGUAUUGGCUUUGGUGGCCCCAGAUGGCCUCAGCUCAAUGGUGCAGGAGCUGGGAUGGGACCUGCAGGUGCCCUGGCUGGGCAGCGGGUCCCAUCUUUACCCCCUCGCUGCCUCCUGCCUACAUCAGCUCUGCCUGCUCAGCCUCGGGAUGCCCCAAGGGCCUGGAAUCCCUUCCUCGUGCUCCUGCCAGGCUAGGGAAUGCCGGGCAUCCAUGGUGAUGCUGAGGCCGGGGUGCCCCAAGGGCUGGGGGCAGCGAUAUGGAAGCCAAGUAUGGCUUUUUCCUUUCCUUUGUGAAUUACUAUCUUUACUGUGACUAAACACCUGCUUUAAUGAUAUUUGCAGCUUGUUCUUUAGCGAGUUUGGGACUAUGAACAAGUGCAAAGUGCACAAAGAGUCACUUUGAAGGCUACUGUGGCUGUGCUCUUCUCUUCCCUGCUUUGGUUCCUGAAUCCAGACAGCGCUUGCUCAGGGUUUUCUUCCUUCUUUGUAUUUCCAUUGGGAAAGGGGGUGGGAGGAGAGGAUAACCCAACUUUUGGCCAUUUCUUUUGUUUUCUUUGAUACUUGAAGCAGUUUUUUGCAUCGUAGUCACAAAGCUGUCCAGAGCUUAGCCUGGUCCAGGGCUCCAGGAAAAGAAAUCAGUGAUGGGGUGCUUCCUGCCUCAUGGCUGGCACAGAUUUGGGGUUUUGGCAUGGCUUGGCUUGGGUGGACCAUGAUGCCCUGGACCACUUGAGCUGGUGGUGGUGAGGGCUGGUGAGGGCGGCAGCGUGAUGAGCUGCUGAGAGGUGUGUGAUGCUUCAGGGGAGCGGGGACAGGCAGGGCCAGGGGCUCUAUUUGCACUUUACCCACGUCAGCAGAUAAAACUCGUGCUCUUGCUGAAGCCCAGAGCUGGGGCAGCUCGUCCUGAGCCUGGCAGCACCAUGGGAGGAGGCUCCUUGUGCACAGUGAUGCCCGUUGGUGCUUACCUGUACCGGGGGCAUGCAGCCGGAGGACAAACAUGAGCAGGGGGUGCACUGGGGACCACAGAGCUGAGCUUGGGGUGCGCUUCUUCCCCUGCCAUCCCCGAGGAGAUGCAGCGGCCCAGGUCCUUGGCCAUGGGGGUGUCCUGUCCCCCAGGAGCUGGGGUCCAGCUCUUGGGCAGCUCAGCCAGGCUGUGGGGCUGGGGGGGGGCCUCAUCCACCACCACCUCCCCAACAGGUUUUGGGUUUGCCAAAAGCUUGAGGCAAACUGGGAGCGGAGCCGGGUGUGAGAGAGCAGAAGUCGUCCUGUGUGUGUCUGCGUGCGUAUAUAUACACAUAUAGAGAGAUGUAUAUUAAAAGAGAGAAUGCAAAGGAUUCCUCCUCCUUUUUGGCACUUGCUGGGGCUGGGGGGCAGCCCGAGCCCCGCGGCCGGGCGCUGCGCUUGGCUGGAGGGAUUCAUUCUGGACCAAACCCGAGCCCAGACAGUCGGUCCUUGCCCAGUGGGGCCACCCCGGGGGCAGCAGCAGAAGUACUUGAAUGGCUUAGGACAGAGAGUCUGAAGAGAGUCAAGUUGCACAGUGAAAAUAUCUAUUUUUAUACCUAGCACAACUUCCUGUAUAUUUUGGGGGUUUUUCUUUCUUUUUCUUUUCCAUUUUCUUUCAUUUCUUUCUUUUUUUUUAAUUAUUAUUAUUUGGGUUUGUUUUAUUAAUUAUUAUUAUUAGGAAGGCAAACUUCUCAAAUGUGAAGGGCGUUGGGUUUCUCCUUAUCUGGUAGAUGAGGGCAAAGCAUUUUGCACUAAUGUUUCCUGUGUGUGGAGGAUUCCUGAUAUGUUUGCAGAUGUUACAUGGGAAUGAUUGUAUUCUUCCGAGAAAAAAACCCCUCCAAAAGCGUCGAGUAACCCCUCUCAAACACUGAAUGUAAGGUGGGAACAGAGCAGUCAUCGAUUGUAUGCGGCUUUCCUGAGUGCCUUAGAAUUUUUUGAUCCUUUUCUUUUCCAAGGAAAACAGAUGAAGAUCAGAUCAGAACCGACUCCUUCCUCCUCUUUGUUUACGACACUAUUUUCAAUUCUAGAAUUUGGGGCUGCUUUAUAAUGUGAAUAGGAAACUGCAUUCAUCUAGGUCUGACAGUGUAAAAUCAAAGCAUCAGUAUUUAUGGUAUGUCUGCACCUUUAUUCUUAUGCUUGACUAUUAGCAAUAUUACAUGUAUAUUAUAUAUCUAAACUUAUACCAAGCACCUUUAAAGAAAUCCGAGUGUAAGCAUCCAAGUUACCUGCAGCUGCCAUAUAGUGUAGAAGCCAGCCCCUCUCCUCCUCCUCCUCCUCCUUAGCACCCGUUACCACCACCCUGAGAGCUGCUGCUUUGCAGAAGGGCUGCAUGGCCUCUGCUGCACCCCGGUCCCGCUCGGCAUCGGCCGAGGCUCACGGUGACCCCCGGUGUCCCCCGGGCUGGCUCGGUGAUGGAAGGGGCUCUGGAGGAGGGAUGGUGCCGGCACAAGAUGGGGAGCGGGUCCUGUUUGCCACCCUGAUGGGUUAAUUCCUCCAACUGUGGUUUCACCCUCUGAUCCCCCCGGGGCUCAUGGGGCUGGUGGUGGGAGCCUGUCCACGGGUGCCACCAACCAGGGCUCCCCUGUUCCAGCCCACGCGGCCCCCCCAAACUGGAACAACCCAGGGCUGACGGGGGAGCAGAGCACCCCAGGGAGCUGCCGCCUCCCUCCCCUCCGCCCUUUGCCCACGGGGGGGUCCCUCAGAUCUUUGUGUGUCGGAAUCUGCUCCCUGAGUGGAGAAGGGCCCGCGGGAAGCCGGGAUGAGCCCCGGCACCACAUCCCCAGCGCCCCAUCGCCAGCCCGGGGCACCCCGGGCUCCAACUGCUGUUCAAAGUGUUCCUGCUCUCUGAAUCGUGCUGUGAGCGCUGCCGGGGCCGGGGGGGGCACGUCUGACAUCGGAAACCCCUCGGCUCCUCCGAUGAGUUUCUUCCACUGUUAAAGCGUUUUGCACACAAAAUGAUGAUUUUUAUGUCAAGGUAAAAAAGCCAAAACUUGCAAUACUAUUUUUAGCAGACAAAAAAAAAGAGAAAAAAAAUAAUAAUAAUAAAAAAAAUAAUAAUAAACCAACUGAGUAUAAAUGUAUAAAUAUUUUUGACUUGAACGUUUGGAUGGCACUUGAUUCAAAUAGAACAUUAAUCCUUUGGACAGGAUGUUUGGGGAAAACCAAGAAAAAAGGACUUAAAGUACAAGGUUGUUUUUAAAGCGUCUUCAUAGGGUAUUAAGUAGUACUGUAAUUCAUGACUGUUAAAAUACUGUGUGCUGUAGGGAAAUCUCACAGUACCACUGAGUUAUGUUCCUCGACUGUCGCAGCCACAAACGAUGCUUGCUUCUUCUUUAUGUUGGUUUUCUCGUGCAUUAUUCACUGGUAUUUAUGUGCUCUUACUCUGUAUAGUUAAGACUGUUAUUUUGUAGCCAUGGCUGACACGAUGUAUCAGUAACUAAAACAAAAAGAGACAAGAUUAAGACACCCCCUCUUCCCCCCCCCCCCCGAGCUGGAACUGUGCUCGUAGCUGUUUUCAUAUGAUGAAAAAUCCAUUUAAACCCCCCCAAAACAACCAACCCGACGUGAUCAUUAAUUGUAAAGCGCUUUGUAAAAUUCACAUUUACAGAAUAAUAAAGUAAAUUACAAUUAAAA